AUGGCAUCGUGGGAUCUUUUAGAUGACAAGGAGGAGCAGGAACUGCACAAGACGCGACUGGUUAACAUUGAGGAGAAGCCCUUCAAGCGAAUUACGAAGAGACUUGUAUCCAUCACCACAAUCGCAAACUCUCAAUUGAAACAGCAACCUACUCCGCCACCCGAGGGCGCGAACGGCGAGAAGGAAGACAACGUCGAGACGAAACAGGAGGCUGCCACCAAGACGCUUCGAGAGAUCGAUCAGAUCAAAGACGACCUCACCCUCGACUUCGCCGCCUUCGACAGCAGCAUCGCCCGCCUGCAGUUCCUCCUCGACGCCAACGUUCGCGAGCGCGAGCGCUACAAAGCCGACCAGCAGCGCAUUCUCGAAGAAUGCCAAAACGUUCGGGGCAACAACGCGCGGCUGCGCGAGCAGCUUGAGGGAGCCAAGGCCACGCUUGCCCAACGCAAGGAGUACGAUAAGCUCGCCAACGCGCUCAUGGCUAAGGGCCUGCGCCCGCGUGGGGAGCAGGAGUCGAACCUGAAGAAGCUCGAGGAAGAGAUUCGCGACCUGGAGAAGGAGAGCGAGACGUAUGCCGUCACCUGGCGCGAGCGCCGCGACCAGUUCAGUAAGAUCAUGGACGAGGGCAUGCUGCUGCGCAGACAGAUCCGCGACGAGAAGGAGGAAGUCGAGAGACGCGAGGGCAUGAACGAGGACGGCGAGGAGGACGGCGAGGCUUCGAGAGGUGGACAGACGCCCAGGCACGUCUCGAGCGGCAACGUCACGCCGCACCCGGACAGCGGCGCGGUGCCGAGACCGACUUCGGCGCUGGAUGGCCAGUCGGAGGAGCAGGGAGAUGGUCUCAAGCCGCGACCGGGUGGCCCGGGCAGUUUCUCGCGGUCAGGCAGUGCUGUCCCGAGUCAGAACGGCACACCUCGCCCCCAAGACGACGAUGACGAGAUUGAAGAGGGAGAGGACGUUGAGAUGGAUGAUCAACAGGACACUCAAAUCACUUCAGGAGGCGACACGCCUCACAUCACGGUGGAUGCUCCUGAUAGCAUGGAGGUUGACAACUAG